GCGGUUGGGGUCUUAGCAGGCAUCAUGCCACCAGAGAUUAUGGCCACGCAACUCAAAAGAGUAUAUGACAGGUCUACAAGAUUGGGUAGGCGACUAACAGCUGAAGAGCGGAAGGAAGAGAGCAAACGAGCCUCAAUGUGUGGCAAGGUCGGUGGGAUGCAGCUACGACGGGCAGAUGGACCCACACUCUAAUUAGAAAUGUACAAGCAUGGGUAGAAAGGAAACACGGAGAAACAGAUUUUUACCUGACACAGUUUUUGACGGGACAUGGAUGUUUUAGAGAGUAUCUCUAUAAAUAUGGACACUACGACGGGACGAAUUGUUCCUUCUGCGACAGAAGCGGAGAAAACGCGCUGCACAUCUUCUUUUUCUGCCGACGGUAUGAAAAGGAGAGAGUCGAUCUGCAGAAACUGACAACGGAACAAGUGACACCGGAUAAUAUAGUGCGGUUUAUGACUGAGUCAAAACAAGUGUGGGAUAGUGUGAGAGCGUGGUGUGCUAUAGUUCUGAAAGAACUAAGAAUGAAAGAGUGGCAACGCAGUGAAAUCAGAAGGAUGAAUGAGGAGUAGGUCUGAAUGACGUGACUGACGAGCCGAAUGGCUAAGCUUGGCCCCACGAUGUAAUGCUCAACGGCAGUUCCGUGGGGCAAAUAAACAAGCGAAGACAAUGGAGUUAAGGGUUUUGGUCUCUGCAUUAGCGGCCAAUACGAAUCGUGCAUACCGUCCGGAAAAAUGACGGUAUCUUUCGAAGAUUCCCCCUCCAAAAUCAAAAAAAAAAAAAAAAGAAAAAAAAAAAAAAAGCUCUCACUAUAUAUUUGAAAUAGCGCAGCGUGGUGGUGCUUGAACAAGUGUUUGCAUGCGACUGUUUUGCUUUCCCAUAGCCACUGGUAUGAUAGCAUUCAGUCUUCCUUGUGUCGAGGGCUACCGAUCGUUCGUAUUCUAUAAAUAACGUAAUAUUUUGUGCUGCUCGUCGCAGCAGAGGCCCUAUGCACGCGUGCAUAGCAAAAUCAACUUGUGCCCACCUCUGCCUUAGACAAACAUUCCAUCAACCACAGAGAAAUCAACAGAUGCAGCAACAACAGCAGCCCCAACCACGCAGCCCAUUUAGACAAGCAAUACAGAGUUUUGGUCAACAAUUCAAAAGGACAAGAAAUGAAGCAUCAAACGCGUACCAGAGAAAGGCACAACGCAUAAACCAAAUAGGCGACCACGAAGACAAUGGAUCACUCUAUCUGACCAACAGCCAACACAUUUUAGACUACGAAGAAUUGUCACCACGAAUACUAUUUCUAAACAAUUUUAAAGGAGAAAUCAUAAUAAACGAGGACCUUCCGAUCCUGAAUGGUACUUUUAUAAUUCACUGCCAUAAUGCUACAAUCAAGAUCAAUGAGAAGUUAUUUUUCAAUGCACAAAGAUCGACAAAUAAGCCCCUACUUGCCCUACUCCAACCACCCUCAACAUCAAACAGAAGCGAGGAAAUACUUUCCUUAGAGAUGCUGAAGCAACUAAAUAUCGAUAAUACAAAAGAAAUAAGCCUCACACAAUCAGCAAACCAACUUAAAUAUACCGCAAAUAUUAUUUUAACCGUCAUAUUGUUAAUCAUUAUCAUAUACUUAACAAAAUCCGUUCUAUCACCCAAGGUGGACAAACAAAAACGGUCCAUCGAUCUAACAGAAACCGCAGUCGAAGGACUUAACCAGAUCUUAAAUAAGCCUAAAGGUCCAAACGAGGACGUUUGAAUCUCAGGGGGGGCCUGUUAGCACGACACAUAUUAACAAAUGUUAAGACACGCAUACUAUUACACCAACAUUCUUUAGCGCAACAUAACACCUCAUUAUGUUAAGGCAUAGGCAUCCAACAUACAUCCAACUAAUAAAGUCGCUGACGUUGCGGCAUGUGUAACUCCAGACUAUGGGAACGGACGGCCAGCAACAUAAAUCUAGCAAAACGGUGGAAACCACAAAAUCAGCACUUUUGGUCACAUAGCAGUAGCGACAGAUUUAGGGCUAGCAUUAAAAAUGAUAAUAUGUAAAGUUUAGUUUUUAGUUGGAGUUGAAGGAAUAAAGGAGCAUAGCUCCCGAAAAUAUAUUUUUUGAAAUCAACCAUUUGUG